UCACCUGGUUUAUCCCUCAUGCAAAGACUUUCAACGGCAACACACCUGGAGAGUUCCACAGAGAAAAUGGGAGUUAGCACAGGGAAGGAUUAUUGAAGAAAAGACCAGAGCUCUAAUGGACUGAAAGCAAAAGGUAGAUGCAUAUCUUAAUGUAAAAACUCUGUUGUGUCACUGAGGAAAAUCCCAUUUUAGCUCAGUUGGUUUAUGUCCCAAGGCUGCCUAUUGAAGUCUUCUCUGCAACAGUUGAACAAGCCCCGUCAUGUCAUGUUUGUCAGUGUUCAGGUACGAGGCACAGCCAAGUUUCAUGACAGAUUCGAGUGUGCAAGCUUGGAGUUCAAAUAUCCAGUAUUUGCUCAAGAACACAGAUGAUUCUCCCAAAAUGUCAAAUUCCAAGUAUUGAUGGUUGAACAAAGAAGGACACACAAAAGGGUUCAACGACUUUGGAGAUCACAUAGGACAUAUAAAGAACCUAAUUCUUUAUUAAAGACUGCCAAGAUGCCACUUAGAGCAUCCUUGCACAGAAAGCCAACUUCUGGUCGUUGGUCAAGCAGACAUUCAAAGCGCAGAGAGGUUCUCUCUGUCAACAUGAUCAGUCUACCACUAGCUGAUUUCCGCCAUAUCUCACAUAUUGGAAAUGAUGCCCAUAGAGACAGCUUUGGAGAUCUUUCGUUCCUAAAAAUGGGCCACAGCCUGCUUCUACAAAGCUCCCAAAGUGAGCAAAAUCUCUUCCUGGCCUGCUCUCCACCCCCAAAGCCACCUCGUCUAAAUAUGGAGCCAGAGGGUUCCAAGAGCACGGACUGGCCUGUGGACCACCAGGAGAAUGCCAGCCAGAAGAGGAAGAAAUGCAGCUCUAUGCCACUACUGGACAGCGAGGAAGGUGAGACUGUAUUGGUGGACAGGUAUGAAAGGGAAAACAACGUUGCAACCCAUCAGUUUUCCAGUGCUGGGUGGGACAACAUGAGCGCGGACAGCAAUAGAGACUACUCGGUGGUCGGUGACAAAAGUGAAGGACAACAGAAAGAGGAGGACAAUGGCUUUUCUUUUAGCCUCGACCUGGGUCCUUCCAUUUUGGACGAUGUCCUGCAGGUGAUGGACAAACUUCAACAUUGAAUGAAAUAGCUAAGAAUACAUAGAGAAAAUGAGAAAAUCAAACUCCAGUUUCUUCUGGGAAACACAAAUCAUUAGCUCUCCGGCAUAGUGAAAAACUUCCAUGACUUUUGGGGAAAGCAAGUGAACAACUAAGAUAUAGAGAUGAAUUUGGUGAAAACGUCCGCAUUGUAGUAAAAUGGUUUGGAAUCAUCGGCAGAUGUUAAGUGUGCCAUGUAAUUUGUUUAUGAAAAAAAAAAUUGUUUAACCAGAGGUAUUCUGCUUAAUAUUCCACUUUGUGGUGAUAUUGAUAUUAAACUUUUGAGUUGUAAAUUU